GGUGGUCUUACUUUUCCAUUGAAAGAAGGUUCCAGUUACGGGAGCAGAAUAGGGUUCGCACUCUGCUUCGUUGUAACGCUCUGCAGCACAGCUAGCCAGCGAGAGCAUCAGAUCCGACGCUACCCGAUCAGCAGAUCUAUGCUCUGAUUGGUUCUGGCCGGAGAUUUGGCGUUGAAUGUUUCAGUAAGACUAGUAGCCUAGACAGAGAUUCACCUCUGAUCCAAACAGAUCUGCUGUCUUCUCUUUCAAUUUCAAUGGCCUUAUCGAAAUGGAGGAUGCCCUCCGUAUGCUUGGCUUUCCUCUAUGUGGUUCUUCUCUUUGCGCAUCCUUGCAAUGGGUUUUAUCUUCCGGGAAGCUACAUGCACACUUAUUCUAACGGGGACGCAAUAUCUGCCAAAGUUAACUCCUUGACUUCCAUAUAUACCCUGCUUCCCUUCAGCUACUACAGUCUCCCUUACUGUGAGCCCAUCGGUGGUGUCAAGAAAAGUGCCGAGAAUCUUGGAGAACUCCUCACGGGAGAUCAGAUUGACAACUCUCCUUACCGUUUCCGAAUGAAUGUUAAUGAGACUGUCUACCUCUGUACUACCAGCCCAUUGAAUGAGCAUCAGGUCAAGCUCUUGAAACAGAGAACCCGCGAUCUGUAUCAAGUGAACAUGAUUCUGGAUAACUUGCCUGCCAUGAGGUUCGAAGAGCAAAAUGGAAUUAACUUCCAGUGGACUGGGUUUCCUGUUGGGUAUACACCACCAAAUAGUAAUGAAGAUUACGGGUUUGUUUGGUAA